AUGGCUGGCAGAGCCAACCGAAACAAUCGAAGAAAUCAAAAUCAAGAGGGGCUCCAGAUAAACCCUCCUGCACUUGUACCAGUAGCGGGAGAGGAUGAGAAUGUAUUUACGAAUUUUAUGAAUGAUACGGAGUAUGCGGCUGCGGUAGUUCCUCCUCGAGUUGGAAAUUCAAACUUCAAAGUGGAGAGUCAUCUCUACCAUUUAUUGAAACUUGAGGGGUACUUCAAAAAUUCUUCGGAGAAUUGCCCACUUCACCAUCUCAAGAAUUUCUUGCAUGUGUGUACUCAACAAACAAAUGGCGCUGUUCAUUCUGAUGCUCUUCGGUUGAGGUUUUUCAAAUAUUCUCUUAUCGGAGAAGCUCGUGAAUGGUAUGAGAAGCUUCCAAGCAACUCAAUCCACACAUGGGCCGAAUUAUUCGAUAAUUUCUUGAAGAAGUGGUUUCCUCCGAGCAAAAAGGCAGAACUCCGAGACAAAAUCUUUGAUUCAACCAAUUACCAGGCGAACAACUACACAGUGCUUGGGAUCGGUUCAAAUAGGAAGGAUUACAACAACAACAAUUAUGGUAAUCGGAAUUCUAAUGCCUAUGUUCCACCGAAAGGACAAUCUUACAACUCUCAAAAUUGGCGGGAAGGUCCUUCCAAUGAUCAAGGGACCUCUCGAAUGGAAUCUAUGCUUGAGAAGAUCUUGGAAAACCAAAACAAGAGUGACAAGAAGAUGAAAAAUUUGACUGAAGUGGUAGGCUCUCGCACCGCUUCGAUUCAAAAACUUGAGUCACAAAUUCGAGAUCUUUCUCGUGAGCAACAUCCUCCACAAAGAGGAGGACUUCCUAGCGACACAAUUCCGAACCCAAGGGGUAAUGGAGGUGCUCACAUUGCCUUAUGCAAAGCUAUUUCUACUAGAAGUGGGAAGAUCCUUAAUGCGGUGGAUGAGAGGGUGGUUGAACCUAUUAUUGUUGAGCCGGUUAUUGAUGAGGUUAUUGAAGAAGAAAUUGAGGCACCAAUUAAAGUGCCUAUUAUUAUUGAGAAGGAGAAGGUGGCACACCCUAUUGUUGUUGAGGGUGAUGAGGUUCCAAGUAUUGAAAAAGCUACCGAGGGUAGCACUCAAAAGAGCAAGGACUUGUUGAUGAAGAAAAUACCAAUCAAGCAUGAUACGGUGGGAGUCACCCACCGUGUGAGCUCUAUUAUUUCGUCCACAAAAGUUGAGAAGAAGGGAGAUCCCGGGGCUUUCACUAUUCCUUGCACCAUCGGUCACCAUAAUUUUGCUUGUGCCUUGUGUGAUAAUGGGGCUAGUAUUAAUUUGAUGCCACUAGCCAUCUUUAAACAAUCCCGUUUGGGGACACCUAGACCAAUGAGCAUGCGUCUCCAAAUGGCCAAUAGAACCAUCAAGAGACCGGUAGGGGUUGUUGAUGACGUCCUUGUUAGAGUGGGGGAAUUCUUAUUACCGACGGAUUUUGUCAUCCUUGAUUGUGAGGUUGACAAAGAAGUCUCAAUUAUCUUGAGAAGGCCAUUUCUUGCCACCGGGAGAGCUUUAAUGGACUCGAAAAAGAAUGAAAUAAAAUUCUGA